AUGUCCAAUUCCGCAGCAUUUUAUGUCUCCUGGUUGAGCGUGCUGAAAGCAGGAUUUGCGUUUUGCCCUUUGCCUGUCGACGCACCGCCGGAGCAGCUUCACACCAUUGUUGAGGAAGUCGGUGCCUCGCUGGUAUUAACGAAUGGGCCGCAAGUCGGCGGGCGUCCUUGGGAUGCCUGGUACUGUGACGACGAUGAGCUCGCAACAUGCCUGGAUGUCCAGAAUUUCAUUCGAGAAUUCAAGGAAGGGCAAUUGGAAUCAACAAAACCUCUCCCGGUAGUAGAAGAGAGCAGCCUGGCGUAUGUCAUGUAUACCAGCGGCUCGACAGGCAAGCCCAAAGGCGUGAAGAUCUCCCAUUUUGCCGCGGCAUGCUCGAUAGCAUCACAUUCCAAGUUUAUCCCCACAUCCUUCUUCAAAGAAGGCUUCCGGUGGUUUCAGUUCGCGGCACCGACCUUCGACCCUUCCAUCAUGGAGAUCUUCACUACUUGGUGGACUGGCGGAACCCUCUGCGGUGCUCCUAGAGACCUACUGCUAACGGACCCCGAAGACGCCAUAAAUCAGCUUUCCGCUACCAUCAUGAUGGCGACCCCUAGUAUGGCCAGCGUGCUAAGACCAGAGAAAGUUCCCACACUACGGCAUCUCUGGACCAUGGGAGAAAAACUGACAGCCAAGGUGAUACAAAACUUUGCAUCCGAUUCGCCAAGCAACACUCGUGGCGAAACGCAUACCCCGUCUCUGCAGAGGUCUCGCAAGCUUCUUAAUGCCUACGGUCCUACGGAGGGCUCGAUAAAUUGUACAAUCGUUCCAGAUGUCUCGGUAGAUGAACGAGGGUCCAUCAUUGGCCAGGCUAUCGACACUUGCUCCAUCCUUAUUCUUGAUCCGAGCUGCAGACGCCCAAUACCAGUUCCUCUCGGUUUCUCUGGAGAACUGGCUAUCGGUGGACCACAGGUCAGUCAGGGCUACCUGAAUCGACCGGAUCAGACUGCUGCGUCAUUCGUGACUUGUCAAGAAUACGGAAGGCUCUACCGCACAGGCGACCGGGCUCGUAUUGUCAAGACGAAACAAGGAGAGCUUACUGUGGAGUAUUUGGGCAGAAUGACCUCGGACCAAGUCAAGCUGAGCGGGCGCAGAGUUGAGCUUGGGCAGAUCGAGUCCGUUCUUGCUGGAACAGAUGGUGUUACAGAUGCUGUCGCCAUAGUACACCAUCAUGGACAGCUCGGUCAUGGAAGUGAGCAGGUGGUAGUAUGUCUGAUCAUUGACCAGAACAAGUCAGCAGAAGACAUCCUCGUGCAAUGUCGGAAGUCGGCCGAAAGGCUACUUCCCGCGUUCAUGAGACCAUCCCGCUACUUCGUCUUGGAAUCAAUGCCGCGGUCUCGAAGUGGCAAAACAGACCGCAAAGCUUUAACCGCGAUUGUGGAAGAACGGUGGCAGACCGCCGAUGUCUCUGAAGCGUCAUCUGACUCGGGCUAUGACAGCGAGCUCGCGAGGAGCAUCUCAGAUGAUGCUACUUACGCAUUGGUCAUCAAAGCCAUAGCAGAAGUGUGCGAAAUCAAGGAGGAGAACAUGUCGCCCGGUACUAAUCUGCUUUCCCUCGGGCUGGACAGUCUACGCGCAGUACGGCUACUCCAACAACUGCGAGACAAAGGUAUUUCAAGCCUGGCAGUCGCCACAGUGCUCAGUAGUCGGACGGUACAGGGUCUUGCAAACGCUUGUGCCGGCACCGACUGCGCAACUCCCAAAGGUUCACCACAACGCUACGAGGACUGGCCUUCCCGCUUCUCCGACUUCGACGAGCUCCAUCGAACCGCUUGUGCGAAGCAACUGGGCCUUGACGCAGCUGGAAUCGAAAAGAUUCUGCCAACCACUGCUACGCAAUCUGGAAUGGUAGCAAGCUUUCUGCGAAGUGUUUCUAAGCAGGUGGCAUCUGGCCCGCGAAAGAGUUACAUCAAUCAUUCCUUGUACUACCAGAAGACUGCAAUGGACUCCACCCGACUAGGAGAAUCAUGGCGAGCGGUACUCGCUCGACAUGAUAGUUUCAGGAUGGUAUUCGUUCCAGUCGAUGACGAGCUGUCCCCUUUUGCACAGUGUGUACUUUCCUCAGUAGCAGAGUCUGCCUCUUCAUGCAUAGAAUAUCUGGAUUGCCGAUCACUGGAUGAUUGGAACGAGACUGUUCAGAACGCUCAAGCCGACGCAGAAGCCUCGAUUACACUCGACAAGCCCCCUUUCAGACUCUCGGUCAUCCGUGCACCUGACAGGACGGCGUAUCUCCUCUCGCUUUUCCACGGCAUCUUUGAUGGAGGUUCUCUGGAGCUUUUCUUGGAGGAUGUGGAGGGCUUUUACUACAACCGACCUACCGCACUCCGGACAGGGAUUGAGAGCGCUGUGCUAACGCACUUCGCGGAAGCUACAGAUGACACAGUGAAGUACUGGAAUUCAGAAUUCGAGGCUUUUCAGCCUGUACCUUUCCCUUGCGUCUCUGCCUCCAAGCCCGAAACGCAGUCGCAGGAUGCCCAGGUCGCAGAAUUCAUAGGCAGGACAACAUUAGAAAGGCUUUCAGUGGCAUCUAAAGCUGCGUGCGUUUCGCCUCUGUCGAUUCUACAAGCCGCCUGGGCGACGAUUCUUUUCGCCUACACCGGAUCUACAACCGAAGUGUCGUUUGGUAGCGUCGUGUCAGAUCGCCUCGAAGAGGAUCUCAGCUCCUGUGUUGGACCAACAUUCGUCGUUGUUCCAAGUAAAAUUCGCCAGCAGCAAGGAACUCGAAACACAGUCAAAGAAGUACUGUCGCUGCUUACCGCCAAGAACGCGGAUGCUCUCCCACAUCAUCACAUUCGCCUGAGCUCUCUCACGACUGCUGAAGGGACGCUUCCCUACGAUACCCUCCUCGCUUUCCAAGCCUUCGAUAAGUCGGCCGCGGACAGCGAUCUAUGGCGAAAUGUCGAAUACCCUGCCAUGGAGCAUGACUUUGCGAUCAUGAUCGAGAUAUGGCCUACUCAGACAGGGCCGAUUCGUUUCCGGGGUACAUACACCCACAAGCACCUGGAAUACACUGCCGCAGAAGCAAUGCUGCAACAAAUGGAUGAUGUUGUGUGCUACUUGUGCGAUAACCUCGACGAGCAGUUCUUGGACUCUAGAUUCGCAGUGAGCAGCCACCUGCAGUCGCAGAUUCCUGUUGCUGUGAAGCAAGGCGAAUUUGAGGCCAACUCUCAACAGUAUCUCCACCAAGCUUUCCUCAAUCAUGUUAGGAAGAGUCCUGAAGACCUGGCUUUGCUAUUUAAACAGUCCGUUGACGGCACACUGCCUGACGUCAAAUGGACGUAUGGUACACUUCAUGACCUGGCUCGAGACUUCGCUGUUGGCCUCUUGCAGCAAUUUGGGUCUGUUACCAACGAGCCCAUCAUGAUAUGCAUGGAAAAGUGCCCGGAGCUUUAUAUCGCCGUGCUCGGGAUUCUCCUUGCUGGCGCAGGUUGGUGCCCGAUUGAUCCUUAUUCUCCUCCGGCCAGACAGCAUGCCAUAAUGAAGCGGACCGGGAGUCGAUUGCUGGUCGUCUCUCCUACGUCCUCCCACAUUGACUCGACGGCAAUACCUGCUGGCGUUACGACUGUAGCGUUGGACUUGGAAGCAAUCGAAGCUGGAAUAUCUGAGUCGAAGCAGCUAGAAGUUGCUGUGGAAAGACAUCCAUCGGAUUUGGCAUAUCUCAUCUUUACCAGUGGAACUACAGGAUUGCCAAAGGGCGUCCCGAUCACUCAUAGCGCUGGUGCUACUGCUAUGAAUGCUCUUGCGGCAGCCGUUCCCUCGGAUGUUGCCGGCGGAGUCGUCCGCUGCAUGCAAUUCUCUCAAUACACUUUUGACGUCUUUGUUCAGGAUCUCUUCUACACUUGGACGCUUGGCGGAGCCGUGAUAUCAAGCACGCGACAGCUCAUGAUUCAAAACUUUGCCGACCUGGCAAACCAGACAAGAGCCACUCAUGCGCACCUUACUCCUGCCUUCUCCGCAACUCUGCCUCGUGACAAGAUUGAGACAUUGGAGGUUGUUACUAUGAUUGGCGAGAAACUCACAGAUGCCGUUGCUCAAGACUGGGGUACCAAUCUGCGAGCAUUCAAUACAUAUGGUCCUGCCGAGGUCACGGUUGUUUCGACUCUGCGCCAAUUUACCGGCAAGACUGACACGCACCACAGCUCGAACGUAGGUGUUCCGCUGCCGUCAGUCGGUACCUAUGUCGUUGAAGACGAUAGCGUAGUCAUGCGAGGAGCUCUUGGUGAACUUGCUCUCGCUGGGCCGCAGGUCUCCUCAGGGUACUGGAAUCUGCCAGAGGUCAACGCAAAGAAGUUUGUCUGGAAUGACAAGCUGCAGCAGAGGCUCUACCUGACCGGUGAUCUUGUUCGACACCUUGCUGACGGUACCAUUAACUUUGUCGGACGCAAUGAUGACCUCGUCAAGCUCGGCGGUAUUCGAGUCGAGCUUGGUGAGAUCGCUUUUGCACUCAAGGACGCUGAUCCUCGCAUCGAAAAAUUCGAAGUGCUGCACUGCAAGCGCAAAGACGCCGAUGAGAAGCUUGUUGUUGCCUUCAUGGCAUGCCCAUCUCUUGCUGAAGGGAUGAGAGAAGUCGAAGCAAUUCUGAAUCCUACUGCGAAGGAACUUGCUGGAAUUGCCAGAGAGUACGGGCGAACCGUUUUGCCUCCUUACAUGCUGCCUACGACUUUCAUUGUGCUGCCACGUAUUCCUCACACUGCUUCCGCCAAGGUCGACCGGGCGGCGCUGACGACUAUCUAUCACGGAUUGGAUCUUUCUCAAUGGGAAGCCCCAGAGAAUAUCUCGGCAAGUAACUCGAACGCUGGUGACCGAGAAUGGAGAGAAGCGAACGCAAAGCUUCUUCAAAUCGUCUCAGAGACUUUGAAAAUCUCGCCAGAUUCUGUUCGUGCCACCAGCAGUCUACCUGCUAUUGGCAUUGACUCGAUCGCUGCAAUCAGACUCGUUCCCAAGAUCAAUGCGCUGGGUGCCAACCUUUCAGUUGUGGAUGCUUUCAAGUGCCGUACCCUCUCCGAUCUGGCUGAACUCGCCAAGCUUGGCAAAACAAGCAGUAUGGAAGAGCCUGUCCAAGCUGUGACAUCGCCCAGCGAUGCGGUACUGCAUGACUUUGACGGUUGCUGGUACGACGCGGCGGCGAAGUACCUCAACCAAGAAGACAUAACCGUAAUUCCCACCACGAUACUGCAAGAGAGUCUUUUGAGUGAAAGCUUCAAGGAUCCUCAGGCUUAUUGGAGCAGUCACUUGUUCCAGCUUAAGCCCGAUGUUGACACCGCCCGUCUCAAGCGUGCAUGGACGAAGGUGACACGACAAACUGAGGCUUUGCGAGUGGGCUUUGUGGCAAAAGCAAUGCUGUCUACUUCAGGCGACGUGGGCGAAGAUGGACUAUCCUACCUGCAAGUUGUCUACGACGAGCCAUACGUCCAGUGGACGGAGCACGAUAACAUCGGUGCAUUGACAGAAGCUGCAAGGUCCAGAGUCGCAGAGAUUGCGCAGCAGCACCACCACCAGCUUUUCAAAUUUCCGCCCUGGGCCAUUGAUAUCUUCAGACAAGAAGACGGUACAUCGAUCGCGAUGCUCACCAUCCACCACACCAUCUACGAUGGGCCAAGUCUUGGGUUCUUAGAAGCUGAUCUGAAGGCGCAAUAUCUGCGAACAUUCCAAGCACCACAACGGCUUCAAUUGACAGAAGCUGUACUCUCUGGCUCAGCUCUCGAUGCAGACAGUAGUGACUGCAUUGAGUUCUGGAAAACGGCUUUGGAAGAUUUCGAAGCUGAUUCUGGAGAGCAGGACUUGACUGAGCAAGGCGUCUCGAAGCUCAGUCACAGGAUCCAAUACUUACGCAGCAGUACCCCAAUGACGAAGCUGAGAGACGCAGCACGCAGUUUGGGCCUUAAUUCCGUCGUCACCAUCCUCCGCACGGCCUGGGCUCUGAUCCUUACAGACUUACUCGAGAGUCCUCGAGUGUUGUUUGCUGAAGUCUUGUCCCACCGCAUUGCAGACCACAGGCUGGCCAAUGUCGUUGGGCCGAUGAUGUCUACUGUCCCAAGUCUCUUCAAACGACUAGAGACAGUGAGAUCCACUCUGAUGGAGCAAGACUCCUUCUCGAAAGCAGCAUGGCAGCAUCGCAAUGUUCGACCGGGUACCAUUCGAUCUCUCUUGAAGCGCGACAACUCUUCGCAAGUCUAUCCGGCCAUGUUUGCAUUUCAUCCUUCAGUCGUUAACGGUGUGGAAGAGAAUUGCGACCUGUGGCAGCGGAUGGAAGAUGCAACCACGCUGCAAGCGGAACAUCCUCUCGCCUUCAAUGUGUGGCAAGAUGCAGAGCCGGAACCAUACUUUGAGCUUGCCAUUGCCGAGCACAUCAUGAACAGCGAUGAGCAGAACCUGCUCCUGCGCCAAUUAGAUGCUUUAGUCUUAGCACUUGUUCGUGAGCCUAAGCAGAAGCUGGCUGCUCUGACAGAUGGCUGCUCAACCGAUUUGAUCUCCCGCACAACGCCGCGGAAGGAUACGAAAUGCCCUCCUCCUUGUGGUCCUACAUACUGGGUAGAGAACUGGGCUGAGACUCAUCCCGAGUGGAAAGCCGCUGAGAUAGCUCUCAAGAUUGAGCCCGAUGGCACCGAGACUGAAUGUUGGACCUACGCGCAGUUGAAUGCUGAGUCAAAUCGUAUUGCGCACUGGAUAAUCCAACAAGGAGUGGUGCGUUCCAUGAUCGGAAUGUGCCUUGGACGCACGCUCAUCUCGUACGCUGUGAUCCUUGGUAUCCUCAAAUCCGGCAACUGCUAUCUUUCCAUCGAUGAAAGCUUACCCGCGGAGCGCAAGGCAUUCCUGCUGGAAGACAGCACUUCCAGGUUCAUCUUCACAAGCCCAGGCUUCAUGGACGAUGUCGAGCUUGCCUCGGUAUGCGUUAUGGUCGACGUAGAGCAUCCGGACACUCAAGCGCAAUUCUUAGAGAUGGGCUCGAACAAUCCUUCAGUUGAAACUCAGCCUCGAGACAACUGCUAUCUUCUGUACACUUCUGGUUCCACCGGAAAGCCUAAGGGGGUGCUUGUCAACAGAGAAAACCUUGCGUCUUUCUGCGAAGCUCAGGCAGAAUUCAUAUACAGUGUCACGACGACAGCUGAGACAGCAGGUCGGGGCAAGUACUUGGGCCUUGCAAGCCGAGCUUUCGACGUCCACCUCGGUGAGAUGUUUCUGGCAUGGAGGUUCGGUCUUGCUGCCAUCACUGCACCUCGCUCAAUGUUUUUGGAUGAUCUAGCCCUCGCACUGUCCUCUCUGCACAUCACCCAUGCCAGCUUUGUGCCCUCGCUACUUGACCAGACCGGCUUGACUCCAGAGGACGCCCCAGAUCUUGUCUUCAUUGCCACGGGUGGUGAAAAGAUGUCGUCUAAAACGAAAAAGCUGUGGUCUACGCAUCAUCGCGUUCGGUUGAUCAACGCAUACGGCCCCACAGAGGCUACGAUAGGUCUCAACUCUAGCUUGGUUACUCCAGACACGGACACACGAGAUAUUGGAACUCCAUUGGGAGACUCGCAAGGUCAUGUCCUUGUCCCUGGCACUGAAAACUAUGUGCUCCGGGGAAUGCCGGGCGAGCUCUGCUUUACAGGAAGUCUCAUCGCCAAUGGAUAUCUGAACCGCCCAGAUGCCAAGGGAUUCGUGGAAGAUUUCCAUGGCAAGCGUAUGUACCGUACGGGUGACAUUGUCAAGCUAGGGCUGGACGAUCAUGUCUACUUCUUGGGUAGAAAAGACGAUCAAGUGAAGAUUAGAGGCCAGCGAGUUGAACUUGGCGAGGUGGCUGAAGGUGUUCGCACCGCUUCCGACGUUGAUAUCAAUGUUGCCGCCUUGGUCGUUCAGCAUCCUGGAAUCUCUCGCAUGCAACUCGUUGCGUUCAUUGCCGCCGGUAACUCGACGAAGGAGAGGUCUUCCGAGCCCCCAGAAGUGAUGUUUUCUGAGCUGCAUAAGACCAGUUCAGACCUUCGAGCGAAAUGCCAGAAGAUACUACCUAGCUCAACUGUGCCUGACCUUAUUAUCCAGCUCACAUACAUGCCACUUGCUGCAACAUCCGGCAAAGCAGACAACAAGCUGCUGAUCAAGAUAUUCUCGACCAUUCCGAUCAAUGAGCUCAUGCCAAACAGCGACAGCGGUGGUGGAGGGAUCACCGCAGUCGCUCGCCCCAUGAAUGAAGCCGAAAUGGCUGUCUUGGAGAUCGUCUCGUCCGCCUUGAAAGUGAAAGAACCGCAGCGAAAUGUCACACCUGCGUCGACGUUGUUCGAACUUGGCAUCGACAGCCUGUCGGGAAUCAGUGUAUUCUCGAAGCUGCGCGCCGCUGGGUACGAUUGUAGCGUUGCAAUGGUGAUGAAGAAUCCAACACUCGAGCAGUUGGCCAAGGUCCAGAAGCAGAAUGAGAGUAAAGUGCAGCAUAGCGGUAAUCACCAAGAACAGUUUCCGGAUCUUCAACAAAUGCUUCUCCAAAGUGGCGAGCUUCCUGUUCCUACCGAACAUGUCGCAGCUAUCAGACCCUGUCUGCCCCUGCAGGAAGUUCUCGUCGCACAGUCGAUACAUGAAAGCCCUGAAGGGGUUGAUGGAGCCUACGUCAACCACAUUUGCUUUGAGUUGCCUAAGGAUGUUGACAUCGAUCGACUCCGUCACUCUUGGCAGAAGGUCAUGCACGAUAAUGAGGUUUUGAGGACCUGCUUUGCGACCAGUCUUGAUAAUUUCUUUCAGGUGGUGCUGAAGCCGCAGGUUUGCGAGACCUCGUGGACGACUCUUGCACCUGGAUCAUUCCAAGACAUUGAAGACUUGAAGAAAGUGGUAGCGAAGGAAGUCGUGCAAAGCGUUUCCACGCGCUCACCGAUACGCUUGCAUGAAGCAAAAUGCUCUUCUGGAAGCCAACAGCUUCUCCUGUCAAUCCACCAUGCUCUAUACGAUGGCAUGUCCCUCGAAAUGAUGAUCUACGACGUUGAAGAGAAUUACAAAGGCAGUGUACCGGAGACUCGACCCAGUGUGACGCCUCUGAUCGAGUACAUCGCGAGGCAAGACAAGGAGCGCCAGAAAGCACACUGGACAAACUUGCUGGCAGGCUGGAAUAACGCUCCUUUGCUCAGUGAUGUCGCUUCCAAAAACGUUCAGUUGGCGACUUGUGAGCGGCAGUUCAACUUCAAGCUCUCAGAAAUCGACGUCGCUGCGUCUGCUACAAAAGCGACGACAGCUACCGUACUGCAGGCUGCAUUUGCCAUGGCAAUGGCACAGACUCUCAAAACCAACGACUUCAUUUUUGGAAACGUCCUCUCUGGGCGCACUAUUCCUGUGAAGAGAGCGGAUCAGAUCAUGGCACCAUGCAUCACUACGGUACCGCAGCGACUCAAGCUAACCGACGAUGCUGCUUCCAUAACCGAGAUCAUCAGACUCCUGCAAGACUCGAAUUCCAGCUCUUUGGAGCAUCAGCACGUGUCUCCGAGAGACAUCCAAAAGUGGACUAAAGCUGACCGGGCGCUAUACGAUUGCCUCUUCUCUUUCAUACGCCUUCAGCCGCAGGCGGAUGCGAAGGAUCGAGUCUUGAAGGAAGUCGACAGCACCAUAGGAGUCGACUAUCCGCUCGCGAUCGAAUUCGAAGUUGACUCCAGCACCGAUCAGCUCAUCGUUCGCGCUGGUUUUACUGAGACUUUUGGAACAUCAAGCGACGCCGAGCUUUUGCUUGAGAAAAUCGAGAUGCUUACAGAUGCUAUUGUCAGACAACCGGACAUGAAAGUCUCUAGCCUGGGUUGCUCCAACGCAGACUCUCGAAGGAGUGUUGCGCAAACAUCUACGUAUGAUGAGUCGCGCUGGUCUGACUUUGAGCAGCGCAUCCGAGAGCUGGUCAGCAAGUUUGUUUCUCUGCCAGAGAAGGAUGUCGGCAAGAAUACUGCUUUCAUUCACCUGGGUGUCGAUUCUAUCUCUGCAAUUCGGCUGGCGAAACAACUGAGAAGUCACGGUCUAAAAGUUUCGUCUGCCGACAUUAUCCGCCACAACCGUUUGGGUGCGCUGUGCCAACACCUGAGCGCCAAUUCUCAGGAGGCAGUCCCCAGCAUCACACCCUUAGCAUCCAGAGACACUAGGCAUCAGCAAGACCUGGUUUCGAUUCUGGAAUCCCAAGGCUUUUCCAAGCUUGGAAGCAAUGUUGAAUGCUAUGAAUGUACGCCACUCCAAGCCGGCAUGCUAGCACAGAGUCUUGCAACCGGAGGUGCUCUGUACAUGCACCAUCACGCUACGUACCUGGCGCCGAACGUCGAUUCUGCACGGCUAAGAGUUGCUUGGAGUAGUCUCGUGGCAGAUCUUGACAUUUUGAGGACGACGUUCCACUGGCUACCGAAACACAAAGCCCCAUGGGUGGCUGUUGUGCACCCGCAAGAAAGGCCAGACUGGAAGGAGGUCCAUGUUCCGAACGCCAGACAGUAUUGGUCGCAGCUCUCCAAUUCAUCGGAUUUCAUGAGCCGCAUUCAAGAUGCAAAGCCGCUUGCUGGUGCUCAGCUGGUGACAUCGGGCGAGAAGCCUGUCCUGAUUCUUACGUUACAUCAUGCUCUUUACGACGGCAUUUCGAUUGGGAUGCUGUACCAUCAUCUGGCGCUAAGGUACAACGGCAGCGAGUCGCCACACACGACCCCCUUCUUCGAAGCCGCCCGAACGAUCGCCCGGAAUGCAGGGUCUGCAGUCAAAUUCUGGGCAGAUCAGAUUCAAGGCUAUGCAGGUCUACCGGCGUCAGCUGAUGCAAAUGCGUCAGUCUGUUUGUCAGAAGCCACCAUUACCCAAAAUGUGGCAGAGCUCGAAGAACAGUGCCGACAAGCAGAUUUCGAUAUCAAGGACGUCUGCAUUUCUGCCUUUGGUAAAGCGCUGGCCUGUGUUCACGGUCGUACAGAUGCAGUCUUCGGACAAGUCAUAGCAGCUCGACACAGCCUUAGCGGAGACGAGUGGGAUGUCGUUGGACCCAUGUUCAACACCGUUCCUUAUCGGAUUGCCAUCAAGGACAAGUUCAUGACCAACAGAGAUGUCGUCGACCAUGUGCACACCAUCAGCAGUGGAUCCAUCGAGUAUCAGCAUGCCUCACUAGCCGAAGUUCAGAAGAUUUGGCGUUCCUCAGUCUCGGAUUCCAGUGCCGAACUCAUAGACAGCAUCUUUGUCUACUCGAAGGUGGACCGUGUUAGCUCGGCAGCAGCAAGUGUCUUCGGGGACUCACUCGAGGCGGAUAAGUCACCCAUACCAUCAGAAUAUCGCAUCAACUUUGAAGUGGAACAUACUAGCGGUAGAAUUGUUGCACGAGUCUUGUCUUCGACACCCAAGGAAGAGAUGGAGAGACUUCUGGAGCACUUCAAGAAUGCUGUCCUGGACAUCAUUGAACAACCAACGAGAUUUGCCACCGCAUACCCUGAAGAGCUUCGAGACCUUUCGUCCGAGGUAGCGCCAGCCACUCUCUCCCCGGAGGCUUUUGAUGAGUCCGCAGUGAAGGAGUAUGCAGAGCCCAUACGUGCGGCCAUGGCGGAGGUUACGCAGGUUUCGGCCGGGAGCAUCAGGCUCAACUCCUCAAUUUACUCUUUCGGAGUCGACUCAAUUGCAGCAAUUCAGAUUGUUGCCCAUUGUCGAAAGGCCGGCGUACGUCUCAGUGUCGCCGACAUCCUCAAGGGAGCCAUGCUUGGCCGGAUCUGUGAGAUUGUUGCUGCCAAAAAUGCGAAGUCGAAGGAAAAGCAAGCACCGAAGCAGCAUCGUGAUAUGGUGUCUCCGAUGGAGAGGCAAGCGGCUCUACUUACACUGGGGACAUCCGAAGACAAGGUCGAGGAUAUCAUUCCCUGUUUACCAGGUCAAGAAUAUCACCUUAUCAGUUGGCUUCAGUCCGGGCGAACGCUCUAUGAACCGGAAUGGAUCUACAAAGCUUCAUGCAAGCUUGAUGUGAACCGACUCAAGGCUGCUUGGAAGACGCUUCGGGAGCGGAAUGAGGUCUUGCGGACGACCUUCGUGGCGACUGCUGCUCAACGUGCUGUGCAGGUCAUUAUGAAGGCGCACGUAAUCCACGACGAAGCUUUCGCAGCAGUACAGGAAUCAAGAGCAUUGCUAGACGCCGUGAAAGACAGGGCUCGAAUCGAGGCCCGCAAUCCUUCAAAUUUCUUUGAUCUGCCAGUCCGACUGCGAUUGAUCGAGGCUCCUGAUGGCGACGCCGUGAUGCUUUACGUGCAUCACUCUCUGUACGAUGCCUGGAGCAUGCCGCGUCUGGUCUCUGAGCUGGCAGCGAUCUACAACAACUCGGAGCUCGAAGCCGCAGCUUCUUUUGCGCAGCUGGUUCGCUACAAUUUCGAGACUAUUGACGAGUCGGAAGAAGCCAAAUUCUGGCAAGAAACCUUGGCGGGCUGCGAACAAGCGCUUGUUCCAUCGUCGUCUGCACCCACCGAUGCCCUUGACCGCAGUCAAAGCUUUGCAAUGGUAAGCUGCCACGAGGUAAAGGUCGCUGAUCUCGAGCAAGCCUGCUCAGUUCACGACGUCUCACCUCAUCAAGUGGUGUUGGUAGCAUUCGCGCGAGCGCUGGCUCGAAUCACCAAUACAUCCAGUCCUCUCUUCGGCUUCUUCCAGCUAGGCAGGUCCGCAGCCUUCGACGACAUCGACAAGGUAACUGGACCGUGCGUCAAUACUCUGCCACUCGGACUACGACUCGUACGGCAGAAGAAUGUCCUGGACUGUGUGCGCGAGCUACAGCAGAUCCUUAGCUCAUGCGUACCAUUCGAGCAAAGCAGCCUUCGCACAGCAGUGAAGGCAUUCGAUCCGACCGCCGACCAGUUGCCUUUUAAUGCGUACAUCAACUUACUCUGGAACAAGUCGUCUCUCGGCGGCGUGGCUCCUGGCUCAGAUGAUCUAUUCAGUCCGAUGGCUCUGGGUGUUCCUACGGACUACACGUCUUCUAAGGCUCUUCCCGGAACGACUGCCGUUGAUGCGCUCGAUAUUGGACUGCUGCCACCGCAUCAAUUGUUUCUCGACGUUGGGCCUGGCGACGAGGGAGUUGUUGUAUUCGGAGCUAGGGCUGAUGCUGCCCUCAUGGACGAGGAGGGCAUCCGUAAAUUUAUCGGACUUGUUGAAGAACAACUGUUGCAGUGUAUUGAGGUACUGAGAUCUUGA